AAUUAUUUUUUUUAUUUAUAGGAAAUUUAGCCUUGACCUUUGAAUUAAGAUGGACGACGAAAAUGGCCACACAAGCUACAACACCCCAAACAUGUAAACAGAGUGUUAUUUUAUGAGUUUUGAAAAGAUGUGAAGAGAUCUCCAGACUCCGGGAAACAUGUCAUGGUUUAAGCGUGGACGGAAUGAGUCAAAGUCCUCGGGUCAGUCGAGUGACGACUCAGCAGAUAUCCGAUCACGUGCAGAUACAGACCCUCAAACAUGCCUUGAAGUGUUUCAGAACCACUGGAAGCAAGCCUUAUCGAUUAUCAAGAAAGGGAAUGGGUCUACCAGCAGUCAAGGCUGCAACCCAGAUGAGCAGGAAGCAGUUAUGCAGAAUGUGGAACAAAUGAUAAAUUUACUGGUUGGGGAAGUAGGAUUAGAUGAAAAUGGUCAAGGCAUGCCUGGUCCUAUACUACAUUAUCUUUUAGAGGAAGAUAUCUUUGACCAAUUUUGUAACUGGUGUCAUUACAACUCGAGUAACGGUGACAAAUUGAAAUGCGAGCAAUUAAGGAUUUUUGAGCAGCUCAUCAGUCAGUCCCAGCAGAUUCUUUUGAUUCACAAGGCCAUCAUACAGCCACUCUUAAGACUCCUUUACCUUUGUGCCGAAGGAAGCAAAACAAGUGAUGUUGAAAGUCGUUUGGUACUAGUUCUCCAUCAGCUAUGUGUCUGUAUUUCACAGGAAACAGUUAUUCUUGAGAGUUUCUUUAAUGCCAGCACAAAUCAUGGACCGACCAAGUUCCUUAUUUUUUCACUUUUAAUUCCAUACAUACAUCGAGAAGGCAAAGUUGGACAGCAAGCUAGAGAUGCUCUAUUGUUGAUAAUGACCAUAUCAGCAAGGAACCCCCAUAUUGGUCUAUAUAUAGCAGAGAACUCAGACUUUUGUCCAGUUCUUGCAACAGGAUUAAGUGGGUUAUAUUCCUCGCUUCCAAGAAAAAUCCCAGUCUACACGGAUGAAUGGCAUCAGUUUUCUCAAGAAGACAUCAGUCUUGUGCCUGAGUUGCAGAUGUUUCUUAAUUCAUUAGAAUUCUGUAAUGCUGUGACCCAGGUCAGUCAUCCAGCAAUCCGAAGUCAGCUGAUAAAAUUUAUCUACGAUGGAUUCCUAGUACCAGUGUUGGGGCCAGCAUUGCAUCAGAUGAAUGAUGAGUCAGAAGACGUUUCGGGGCUUCCCCUGCCACUUCUUGAUUCACCCAUGUUUUCGAAUUCAAGAGAAGAAGUCAUAGCAGCCACUGCCUACCUGGAACUGUUUCUGAGGAAAACCACAGAGCCGAACCUGCUACGCACCUUUCUGAAGUUCAUCUUAGUCGAACAGAAUGAUGAAAUUGUCAUUCUAGAUUCUCUCAUUACACGCAUAAACAGCAGCUCAAAGCCCCUUUGUGUUGUGUCGCUGUCACUUUUUAAAACCCUAGUAAAUCUAAAUUGUGAAGAUGUCAUGUUUCAACUUGUCUUCAGAUACCUGAUUCCCUGUACACAUGUGAUGGUCAGCCAGCGACGUAAUGUCAGUGACCUUGACCUUCACUGUAAAAGUGCCGAACGCUUCCUCUCACUCCGUCCAAACUGCUGCCGACCGGAACUAAUUGAAAAGAAAAGUACUCCAAUACAAGAAAAAUGUAACCCUAGUGACGCUAACACAUCACAAAACCACCGCAUCAAACAUGGCCUGAGUAGUUUUCUCAGAGCAAGAAAAAAGGAGAGAGACUAUCAGAAGCGGAGGUCAGCUACUGUGGCCACUGAGCAGCAGAAUACAGCGUUUCCCCCAGGGACAUUCGGAAGCAAGCUGGAACAUUAUGAAACUAACUACUACGAUUACCUGGCUGAAGCCAAAAGCCAGCUGGAGAGUUGUGCCAAAGCAUGCCAGAGGUGGGUCUAUCCCUACGACGGUCAGAGUCCAUCAAUGGAUGCCCUUGUGGACAAUGGCAGUGAGUCGGAAUCAAUGCAGAUAAGUUCAGUGACAGAAACAGGGUUGUGUAAUAGUGGUGCUAAUUCUAGGAUGUUAGAAGACGUGAACGGUUCAAAUGGAGGUCCUCUCCAGAGGUCCUCAGAAGUUGACGAGGUCUUCCUCUCGGAUAAUUCUUGUCAGUCCUCUGUCCCUGAUUUAACAUACCUCUUGACUAGUUAUGAUUCAAACAGCUUUAUGUCUUCGCCAGAAAAGAUAGAAGAUUUUAUUCAUUAUUUGGACGAGGUGCCUACUCCACCAGAACUGGAGAAGACAUUUGAAGAGAGUGUGAAUUCUUUAGACUCCAUUUUGAGUAGUUUGUGUUCCAGAACAGACAGCAGCAGUGUGAAGUCCUCAAAUAAUACCAGUGUGAAUUUAGAGUUGUCUCCUCAGUCAAUAGCUGAAGACUCUACGAAAGCCGUUGGCGAUGGAACUACGUUUGAAGUCAUCAACAGCACCAGGGAUGGGGUGGAGUCCGAUCCCUCCAAGGGGAGUCCUUCACAAGACACCACCAGCAGCUUUGUAGAAAUAUCCAUGUCAAACUUUGCCAGUGAUGUUAAUGUGCAGACUGCACUGUCGACUUUGCCUCAGAGAGUGUCCUUGAACUCUGUUGACACGGUUGUUCAUCGUAAGCCUUCGCGUGAUGAAUCAACUGUUAGGUCUGUCAGUUUCAACUUGACUGACGCGUCUAUGCAAAAUACCACUUCUGUGCCUGCUGCUGUGUCAAAUACUGGAAAGUUAGCACCUAACAUAGGCCCCUUUCUGAUGGCCCUCUUUUCCAAGUUGGAUGGAAUGAUGCAGAACAGCUUACCUGUCAAUCUCCUGCUGACAGGUGUUAUAGCUCGCCUGGCUUCUUAUCCACAACCUCUCCUUAGGUCUUUCUUGCUUAGUCAUAAUCUUGUAUUCCAACCCACAGUCAAAUCCCUUCUACAGGUGUUAACAUCAUUGAAACAGAAAGUGGACCAUUUUGCGUACACUGUGCCGAGCUUUGAUAAACUGCUUCUGAGGGCCAAGAGGACCCUGAUCGCUCGGGAGGAAGAAUGGAGGCUGGGCUGUGUGACGAUAAGUCCCUACAGAAUCAACACGGUCAGUCCCGUCAAACCGCCUCCAGUGCCAGAAAACAAUAACAAAGACAAAAAGAAAACUAGUUUAACAGACCUGUUGUUCCGACGAUCUCCAGUCAAGAGGGCCGACCUUCCUAGAGCCAAGAAAGGCCCCCAGGUCCAGAUCCUUCAGGGGGCGAGGGGAUUCCGGUACAUCAACUACCAGAACAGGCCCCACGAUAUAUCUGAAAACCCCAUGGACUCCCCCAAAAUCAGGAACGCUGUGUUUUGUGCUGUGAUAUUAGAGGAAUUUGUGAAAGAACUCGCUGCCUACAGCCAGGAGCAAGCAGUUUUAGCUCAGUCAGAAGUCUGACCUUGGGUCAAGUUGAUAGCAUGUUUUGGUAGCUAUAUCUAUUGUCAGACAUUAUGUGGUAACAAAGAAUUUCUUCUUUCCAUGCAGAGCACAUAUCAAAUGAAUCUAAUUCAUCUAUUUACAACUGUAUAAUUAAGUAACUUAAGAACAGUUAAAUAUUCUUUCUUUUUUCAACAAAGGAAAUGUAAUGACUUCAGUCUGUAACACACCAGUGCUUAUUUGGAUAAUCAUAAAACAUGUACCAUUAUUUAUGUUAAAAGGCAAUAAGAGUGUAUAAUGAUAUUUAAACGCUUCUGGUCAUUUUUCAGAAUAUAAAAUGCUUAAUGAUUGGUUUACAAUAUUCAGAGGGUGUAUGAUACUUUUUAGCUUUGGAUGAAACCAAAGAUGUUGUCUAGGAAGAAAUUCGAAAGUGAAUGUUUUUUUUUAGUGUGAAUGGUCAAUAUGUUUUAUUUUGCAGUAUUCAUUCUGUAAAUGUUUUAUGUGAAUGACCUUUCAAGAGUUUUAUGAAGUUUUACAUGUACUUUGCAAGAUGUAAUCUUGUGCUUUGUUUUUAUAUGUUCUUGUAUGUACACAAAGUAUUUUUAUAUACAGUAAUAUAUACAAGUAUACACAUACACACUAAAAUAAGAAAAUUCUAUGCAUAUUUCAUAAUAAUGUAAAACGUACAUGUAUGUGGCUUGAUUUCUUUAUAUUGAAAAAAAGUAUCGUAUAGCAAUAUGAUUUGCAAAAGAUUUCAAAUCAAGAUACAUUGGUUGUGAAGACCCUGUUGUUCGACAUUUUUUUAAAUACUCAUAUAAUAAAAAGUAAUCUGUUAAGAAUAUAAAUCAUGUAGAGUAUAAUGUAAUUAGAUGGAGCAUUAGUGAAAAUAUAAAUCUAAAAUAUAAUUUUUUAAUUAGCAAAACGAUAUAUUUAUAUAUACACUAUAUACAAACUUACAAGUUACUUAGGGUUAAGAAUACCAUUUCCAUUACAUGUGAUAUUUGGAUAAUUUUAAAUGUGUAAAAAAGAUGCUGAUACAUGUAAUAUAAACUCAAAACCUACAUCUGCUUUUGGGGUUUUUUUGGUUUGAAAUCUGGGAAAGAAGGAUAGAAUCAGAAGAGAUAAGGUUGUACCUGGUAUAUAUGUAUGAAGAUGUGUUAAAGAUUGCAUGAACAUAGGCUCUCAUGAAAAUGUGGAAAUAAGAAAGAUAUUAAACCUUUGUUUUUUUUUAACGGCAUGUGAUAUUUGAAAAUUGUUAAAAGUUCAGGUUGAUAUCUAGUCAAUGUUAUAUUAUUUGGCAUUUGUUCCACUUCCUGUUGGAUUGCUACAAUCCUGUGUUGUUGCUAUUUUCCCCUUAUUAUGACAACCACUGCUGUAUAGAUGAAGCUUUUCCUGCCAACUGUGUGAAGAACAUUUAAGCCUUUGUUGAUGUUGAAACUUCUGCCACUGAGUCAUUUUCAAGCAAUAUUAUUACUAUACACAUGUAAAUUUAAUAUACAUCUGUAAUUUUCUUCUUCCAUUAAUAGGUUUACGAAGGCAAAUCAUUAAUUAACACAUAUUAUUGAGCUGUUAUAUUGACUCAGAUUCAUUUAUUCUGUACUUGAGUUCUUGUGAAACACAUCUUCUGAAUUUUCAGAUUUCAGUAAUGACUUUAAAAAUUCUCCCAGAUGAUGAGAAAAUGACUGUUCAUGUAAAAGACUUUUUUUUAAAACGUCUGAAACACAUAGGUCAUUUUGUUUAAGAAUUUUUAGAAUUAUCUUGGUAAGCAUUUGAUUGUUGCAAUGGUUUAUUUUUGUAUUAGUUCUAAAUUUUAUGAAAGAGAACGUUUGUUAUUUCUUUAUUCAGCUGAUUACGUUAUAUUUGCCCCAACAUCAUACAAUAAACCAUGAUCGAA